AAGUGUGUUUCAAUUUCCAUACCCACCUUUUGACCCAAUUGUCAUUACAUACACCCUACAGUCUUCAGGCUUUUCCCGGGAGAAGGGCAAAUAAUGGCUUUCGCAUCGAAUCCUUUAUCUCUAAGCGUCCCCGAGCAAGCCUUCGAGUCAUGGCUCCGCGAUUCCGGCUACCUGGAAGUCCUCGACCACCGCACCACCCAAGUCCACAACCUCAACUCCUCCGCACCCACUUCAACCACCACCACCACACCCACUCGAACCAUCCCACUCACCAGACGAACCACCACGACCACAAUUACAGCCAUAGCAUAUGGGCUUACUAUGUCUCUUCUCUCAUCUUUAACCACCAUUUUCUCUCUCCUAACUCUUAACCCCUUUGCUAAACUUACUUCCUCUGAUUUCUCUCAUCUUAAUUCCCCUUCUUGGACCUCUUCUGGGUUUCUUGGUUCUUAUGAUUCUUACUCUUUUCCUUCUUCUUCUACUCAAGCUAAGAUGCGUGUUCAUGAGAAUGUUAAGCGUUUUGCCCGCAAUUAUGCUGCUCUUCUUCUCGUCUUCUUUGCGUGCUCCUUGUAUCAAAUGCCGCUUGCUUUGGUCGGGUUGGUAUCAUGUUUAGUACUAUGGGAACUGUUCAGGUUUUGUGAUGAUAGAUGGGCAUUCCAUAGGUUAUCUGCUAUUCGGGAAGUUCUAAUCCGUAUUGCUCAGUGCGCAGUUGCAGUCAUUCUAUUCUGGUGCAAUGUUCAGAUGGCUGUCUUCUGCACUCUCGGAGUUGGUUACACAGUCAUGAUGUUACAUGCUUCUUUUCGGAAGCUCACUCCUGCCAAGCAACUAUCGAAAGGAAGAGGGAGAUGAGGAUUUCAUCAAUUCACUGUUGGAAAUUUUCUUUAUCUCAUUAUGUUUGUAUAUAAAUACUUCGGAAUUCGAAGCUCCAAAUUUUGAAUUUUAUCUUUAGAUAUACACAUUUUACUGUAGAGCUCUCAUAUUUAGUUGAUUCAGUAAAAGUUUAGGUUUUGCUGGCUAGCUCAGAAAUAACCUUGGCUGAAGUACAGGGCAAGUAACAUAUUGUGUUGAUAUUGUUGUACCUGAAGGAGGGUUCCUAGAUAUUGAAGACUUUGAGUAUCUCUCAAAUCUUUAUCAUGAGGUGGUUUUACUAAUAUUA